UAUAAAGUUGUACUUAAAGUUGUACUGCGCAUGCGCGGUAUCCCUACGACUUGCCGUCGAAAGCGCAAGUGUUUGGAAAGGAAACAUGUCAUAUGUGGCGUCGCUGUGCUGCGCAGCUUCGUGGCUUCUGCCGACCGCUGCUGCCUGCGAGGCCGCCAAGAGAAGCGCACAGCCGGCCAUGAGCAUCGACGAGCUACCGUCUCUAUACACCAGACCCAAGGAGGAUCAGAGCUGCGUGGAUCCAAUGGUGGCGGUGGGCCAGAUGGAACAGAGCGUGGCAUCACUGAGGAAAUGGGCGGAACCGUAUACAGAUCAAUGCCAGAAAGUCGGACGGACAGCGGCCGACAAAGUUGAGGAAGUGUACAAAAGGGUCGAGCCCGCCAUCACCGCAUCCACCGCUGCAGUCACAGACAUGUACCAGUUGUUUAGCACUCCGCCCUCUGAUCUGUAUCCCAGCGUGGCGGUGGUGGGCUUCUCAGGCUUGCUGGGACUCUACUUGGCCAAAGGGUCAAAGGUGAAGCGUGUGGCGUUUCCACUGGGCCUCAUGGCCCUGAGCGCCUCCAUGUUCUACCCUCAACAAGCCUCUUCUCUAUUCAAGGGGGGUCAGGACUCGGCGCGGGUGUGGGUUCAGAGCGGACGCGUCGCCGUGGAAACACUAUGGAAAGAGCCGCCAUUCGGCAAACAGAAGCCCGAGAAGACGGAGCGGCAGGAGGGCGGCGGCACGUCCAGCUGAAGCCAGACAAGUCUCACACACACACGCGCACUAAAUCACCAUUAGUUAAAAUUUAAAUUUAUUUUAUUUUCCUUCAGCGUACACAGGAACAUGAAUGCUCAGAACUGUUAGAACUGCUCAAGUGUAUUUCCAUUAAUUAUGAAUGAUUUAAUAUCCACAAGUCGCUGAUGGUGUAGUGGUACACACGCUGGACUUGUGUGUGUGGGCAGCUUGGCAUCGAUUUCCCACUCGAUGACGGUGUGGAUGUGGGUGUGAAUUAUCGUUUGUCUCUAUAUGUGCCCUGGGACUGACUGGCGACCAAUUCAGGGUGUCAGCUGGGAUAGGCUCCGGCAACUCCCCUGUGACCCUGUUCAGAAUAAUCGGGUGUCGAAAAUGAAUUGAUAAUAUUCACAAGACACAGAUGGCAGUUAUGUGACAAAAGGUCCAUGUCAACGUUAGAAUGAACUUCACCGCUGAAAGUUUUUUUCUUUUUAACGUAAUAAUAAAGGACACAUACAAUAUA